ACUUUACACCGCUGCAGCACAGACUGCAGAGUUAGUUCGCUUCGCGACGUUCUCGAAUCGACCUCGUCCUUAUCCGCCGCGCUUUGUGUCGUCCUUCAGGCCAAAGGUGUGACAGACAGGUGUAUUUCCAGUGCACUUAUCGUGCGGAAGAAGGUGUGAAGUUUGUUUUUGGAAUUUCCUUUUUAGUCAUUUGAAAGUCGGUGAAAGAAUCAAGACCUAAACGAUGGCAUCCAGACUACGCAGAUUUGGAGUAACUGCAGCCGGUGUGGCAAUCGGUGCUGCCCUGUCUACAUAUGCCCUCAAAAGCAGUGACAUCUCACCGCACCAUGUUCAAAUGGAGGAAAUGCAGAGGAUUCGUCGCAAGCGUACCCUGCCAUCGCGAUCGGAACAGGUCCAGUCACUGCAAAGUGGCGAAGAGUUCGACGUGUUGAUCAUCGGAGGUGGCGCAACCGGUGCCGGAUGCGCAUUGGAUUCCGUAACCCGGGGCCUCAAGACGGCACUGGUCGAGGCGGACGACUUUGCCAGUGGAACGUCGUCCAAGUCGACAAAGCUGAUCCACGGUGGUGUGCGGUACCUGCAGAAGGCCAUUUUGGGGCUGGAUAUUGAGCAGUACCGAAUGGUGAAGGAAGCUUUGCACGAGCGUGCUUCCAUGCUGAGGUCGGCUCCACAUUUGACUCGUCCGCUGCCAAUUAUGCUGCCGGUUUACACCUGGUGGCAAAUUCCGUACUUCUGGGUAGGUAUCAAAGCCUACGAUUUUGUUGCUGGUGAUCGCAACGUGAAGAGUUCGUAUUAUUUGUCACGAGAGGACGCGUUGGAGUUGUUUCCCAUGUUGAGAGGUGAUAAACUUCGAGGCGCGAUCGUGUAUUACGACGGGCAGCAAGAUGACGCUAGAAUGUGUCUUGCGAUUUCGUUGACCGCUGCGCGUCACGGGGCUUCGAUCACCAACCAUGUGGAAGUGUUGGAACUGUUGAAGAAGAAGAACGAAGCUGGCAAGGAAGUAUGCUGUGGAGCGAAGGUGCGGGACAACAUCACGAAGAAAGAAUGGUCGAUCAAGGCCAAAUGCGUGAUCAAUGCUACUGGACCGUUCACCGAUUCGAUUCGUAAGAUGGACAACCCAACGGUGAAGUCAAUCUGUUGCCCUAGCUCGGGUGUGCACAUAGUGUUGCCAGGAUUCUACAGCCCACCUCAGAUGGGCUUGCUUGAUCCGGACACAUCGGAUGGUCGUGUAAUCUUCUUCUUACCCUGGUUGAAUGGUACGAUUGCCGGCACUACGGAUGCUCCUUGUGACGUUACUACCAAUCCGUCUCCCAGUGAAGAUGAAAUUCAGUUCAUCCUCAGUGAGAUCAAGAGCUACCUGAACAAGGACGUAGAUGUCCGUCGUGGUGAUGUACUGUCUGCUUGGAGUGGUAUAAGACCGCUGGUGUCCGAUCCUAACAAAGGAGACACACAAUCGUUGGCUCGUAAUCACAUUGUUCAUGUCAGUGAUUCGAAUCUUGUAACUAUUGCCGGUGGAAAGUGGACUACGUACCGUGCCAUGGCAGAGCACACGAUGGAUGCAGCUAUCAAAGCCUGCAAUCUGCAGCCGGAGCGUGGAUGUGUUACCGAUGGACUGUGGAUUGAAGGAGCGCAAGGUUGGACUCCCACUAUGUAUAUUCGCUUGGUGCAGGAUUUGGGUUUGGAAGUCGAAGUGGCGAAGCAUUUGGCAAUUUCAUACGGUGAUCGUGCGUUUGCCGUAGCCAAAAUGGCUGCUCUCACUGGCAAGAGAUGGCCGAUUAUUGGUAAGAAGUUGCAUCCGGAGUUCCCAUACAUUGAUGCGGAAGUUCGCUAUGGUAUCCGUGAAUAUGCCUGUACCUGUAUUGAUAUGGUGGCUCGUCGUUUGCGUUUGUCUUUCUUGAACGUACAGGCUGCCAGUGAGGCACUUCCCCAUAUUGCAGACAUCAUGGCAGAUGAAUUGAAAUGGUCCAAGGAGGAAAAGGAAAAACAAAUCAAGGCUUGCGAACACUUCUUGCACACUCAGAUGGGACAGCAAGUCAACCGUCAACUCAAGGAGAAGAUUCCAGUCAAUCUCUCCAAGGAGGAAGUUGAUCUGUACAAGAAACGCUUCGAUACGAUCGAUAAGGACAAGAAAGGAUACGUUUCCAUCCCGGAUAUCAAGCGUGCAAUGCGGACAUAUGGUGAUGCUGAAGUUAGUGGAGAAGAACUCCACGACAUUCUACGUGAGAUCGACACCAACAUGAACGGUCAGGUUGAAUUGGAGGAAUACCUUCAGAUGAUGUCUGCCAUCAAGUCGGGCUUUAUCUCCCACUCACGAUUCGCUGUCGUCGCUGAACAGGAGGAAAUUCGCAAGGAACAGGAACGCCUGCGGAAGCAGAUUACCGUUGACCGCUCCGGUGGUGGUCAACGAAAGUAAACUAAAGCAUGCGACUUCUACGCAUGGUUAUGACUAAAGAUCCGUUCGAUCAAACCCCACCUCAACCCAUAUUUAUUGUGCGCUAACUUUAUCGUCAUUAAAACACUUCUCGUACAUAAAAUGUUCAAACGGGCAGGGAGCAUGGAAGGAGCAUGACUUCCUCGAAUCCCUGUUAUCGCACAUUUUUGCCGUCGUUGUCGAUGUACAUAUUUGUCGUAUUCUAGCUUCUCCGGAUGAAGAUCGUUGUUAUGCUACGGCGGAUGGCCUAUUGUUUUCGAGCCGUUCGUGGUUAGGAUAGGAAUUUUACGAUCGUGACGAUCCCGCCAAUUUAUUUGUUAGGCUACCCGAUUUCACAAAAACACACUAUUUAUUGAAAACAAUUUUGUGAUGAUUAGAUUUUUCAACGAAACGUUUAAUUUUAUCGAUUCUACAUUAAGUCAAACAGCAACGAUGCAUCCAUACAGGAAGGAAGAGCAGAGGAGCCUGCAGUUUGGUUGCAAUAAUUUUAAUUUAUUAUUAACCUGAACGAAAUGAUGACAAUUGCUGAAUAUUGUGGUACGGAGCCAUAAUACAGUAAUACAGUUUCGAAUAAGUGAAUAAUGACAUAAUAUUUAUUAUUAUACAUGAUAGACAAAUUAUUAAUAAGUAUGAUUCAAACAAAAUUAACGAUUACCUACAGAAAUAAAACUUGUUCGUAAACUACA